CCAUAUGCACCUCUCUCUGAUUAUAGAAUAUAGAUACAGCUUUCCUUAUCUUACUAAUUUCUCAACCUUACAAAAUACGAAACAAUGGCCAACCCGAAAGACAAGCAUUGGGGAUGCCCUGAGGUCUGAGCUUGUCUUUCUGACUUGCUCUGCUGUUUGGCCCUUGUCCCAAUUUGGCCAACAAGCCAUCCAAGUUGAUUAGCCAGGCCGAAAGAGCAAGAAAAAUGGCAGCAGCAUCCAAUUGCUGCCAGCUGGUGCAAGCUGCAGUACAGCAGCGGCGGCACAGCCCGGCGGCAGUGAAGAGGGCGUUGGUGGACGGUGGCGGCUGCCGGAGCUGGAGCAGGAAAGCGCCGUUGCAGACUAGGAGAGCAGCGACAAUUCGCUGCAACUUGCGCAACGACAGCGGGAGAGGGAUUUUGGAGUUCAUUGGUGGGGAUUUGGCGAGGUUCGAUUUGGGGCAGUGGCUGUCGGACGUGGAACAGCACAAAUCUCUCGCCAUUUACCCGCCGCACGAGGGCGGCUACGAGGGCCGCUACUUCACCCGCCUUCGUUACGACGGCUACUAUUUCCUGGACCUCACCGCUCGCGGGCUGGGCGACCCGGAGACCACUCUCACCAAAGUCCAUCCCGUUUGCCCCGCACAUCUGGGGAAGCAACCAAUUGCCAGGUGGUAUUUCCCGCCUGAAGUGGACUAUCGACUUGCUGCGCUUCCACCAGAUGCCAAAGGCCUCAUCGUCUGGGUGAUCGAAGCCAAGGUUCUUUCCAAGGCUGAGCUGCAAUUCCUCGCAUUGCUUCCAACACUCCGUCCCAAAGUCCGUGUCAUCGCCGAAUGCGGCAACUGGAGGCAGUUUGUGUGGAAGCCGCUCAAAGAGAUCUCUGGACUGACACCUGAGACUGAGGUUGCUUGACCACCAAACCGAACACCUUUCUCUAUUCCUUCAUGCCUCACAGUAGACUCGGGCACUACCCUAUUUGUAUUCUAUGCUCAAAACAGGGAUCUUUGUAAAGAUACAGAAUUUCAUUUGCACUACAUUUACAUG